CUAGAUCAAGCCUUCGUGGUGACCCACUCGCAGCUGAAGACAAUGCUGACUUACCGUGACAUUCAGCUUUUCGACGUCAGAGACCCGGAUGAACACCAGGAAGGGCGCAUUCCUCAGGCUGUCAACCUCCCAUCUGCUGCCAUGCCACUUUGCGGAGGACUCACUGAGACUAGGAAGGCCGAUGAAGAGAUCCAGAAGAUCUGCAAUCAAGUAAAAGAUCGCGCGGAAGGGAUGGCAGGAAAAAAAUUUAAUUCUUUCGUGGCAAUAAGUUACAAGACUCAGGUCAUGGCUGGAAUCAGUUAUUCUAUAAAGGUCCAUGUGGGAGGAGAUAAAUAUGUGCACGUUCAGGUUUGGCACAAACGUCCCUGGAAUGGUGGAGAACUUGAGCUGACUAACAUUCAAUACCCCAAGAGACUUGACGAUCCCAUCCAGUAAAGAGACCCUGCAUCCGUCAAAAUAUCAGUGCCUACAACUUUUAAAGUAAUCUGCUCCAUCAAUCCUUUAAUAUCUGCCAUGUAAUCAUCACAACCCCAGCAGACUGUAGGCAUUCAUUUCACACGUUUGUACAAGAUAUGUGAAUAAUAAAAGCAGAUUUAUUCUGA